UGGAGCCUUUCGGCCAUAUUGCUUUCACCUUAACGCGCUUGGCUACAUCAGGCCGUGCUUACAACUGAACAUUGUUGCAGCCAUGACUCAGACAGUGCAGACGAAUGGGGUCCAGUCCCUCAGUAAGACUUGGGAACUAAGUCUUUAUGAACUACAGAGAACACCACAGGAGGCAAUAACAGACGGACUGGAAAUAGCUGUGUCACCCAGAUCCUUGCACAGUGAACUUAUGUGUCCUAUCUGUCUGGACAUGCUGAAAAACACGAUGACAACCAAAGAAUGUCUGCACCGCUUCUGCGCUGAUUGUAUCAUCACAGCUUUGAGAUCUGGGAAUAAGGAGUGCCCUACCUGCCGUAAGAAGCUUGUUUCUAAGAGGUCACUCCGUCCUGACCCCAAUUUUGAUGCUCUGAUUAGUUCUUGUUUAAUUUUAGGUAAGAUUUAUCCCAGCCGAGAUGAAUAUGAAGCUCACCAGGAGAGGGUUUUGGCUCGUAUUAGCAAACACAACAAUCAGCAGGCUUUGUCCCACAGCAUAGAAGAGGGACUGAAGAUACAGGCAAUGACCAGGCUACAGCGUGGCAAGAGACACACAGUGGAAAACGGUAGCGGAGCUGAGGACAACGGAGACUCCUCUCACUGUAGCAAUGCGUCUGUCCACAGUAAUCAGGAGGCAGGACCGAGCAUCAAGCGCACCAAGACUAGUGAUGACAGUGGUUUGGACAUGGACAAUGCUGCUGAGAACGGGGGAGGAGACUCUGUGAUUGAUGGAGGAGCCAGUGAAAUAGAGCUGGUGUUCAGGCCACACCCCACCCUGAUGGAGAAGGAUGAUGGUCAUAACAGUGUGGAGUUUGUUCCUCGCUACAUUAAGACCUCUGGUAACGCCACUGUGGAUCACCUUUCUAAAUACCUGGCAGUCCGACUGGCUCUUGAGGAACUGAGAAGAAAUGCUGAGGCCAGUCCUGUUAAUGUUGAAGCAGCAUCAGAGAAACAGUACACUAUCUACAUACCUACUGCUGGAAACCAGUUUACUGUUCUGAAUGGUUCCUUCUCCCUGGAGCUGGUCAGUGAAAAGUACUGGAAGGUCAACAAACCCAUGGAGCUCUACUUUGCCCCCACUAAAGAACACAAGUAAACAUGCAUAAGAAUACCUAACUCCAUUCAUUUUUGCAUAAACAUACACACUUGGAGGUGAACAGAUGGACAUGGAAACAGCUGGACACAAGCAGGAGAAUGUGUGUCUGACAGAGACCAGGGGUUUGGGGAAAACUUCAAAUGGACUCCUAUGAAUAGAAAAAAAACAUUGUUGUUUUAUAUUUCGUGAAUCUUUGUCUCCUGUUAGACAGCAGCAGAUCAGUACAGCAGAUCACACCUCAAACAGCAAGUGUAGAGCUUUUCCAAAAACGGUUUUUGUGCAUUGGUUGAAUUGGGAGACUUAAAUGUUAAAGGGAAAAAAUUACUGCAAAUCUUUCCUCCUUAUAUUGUGAGCUUUGUUUUCAGUGACACACAUGGCAAUGUUUGUAAUCUUUCCAUAUUUGUCUAUAGAGUAUAUUUCAUUAUGAAACUACUGUUAAGAUUCGUGCCUGGGAAAUGAAGAAGAAAACCCAAUGAAGACACAAAUUCUGCUCCAUUAUCCAAGUCCUCCGUUUCCAAACUGUAUGUGUGCAUGCAAGAUGCAUGUUAGCUGUAUUUAAUGUCUGUACUUUGAAAAUAAGUACAGGCAUUACUUCUGCAGUGUCUGUAUUUUUAUUUUUCUUUGGAAAAAGAAUUCUGAAUAUAUGCUAUUUGAAUUCCCUUCUUAAAGAGCUGCUUGACAUUUGGUCUAAAUUUCAAAAGAUUCUUAGGGAGAAUCUGUGGGGAUUAUUCCAAACCUUUAGUUAAUGUUCAGAGUGAAAUUCAGUGUCUGAAAUGGGAUUAGUUAGAACCCAUGAAAACAAGUCGUACCUCAAUUUUAAUAACUGGGACGUGAAAUUUAGGAUUUGAUUUUUGCGUGAGUUUGACUUUUCUUGAGGAAAAUUUAAAUUACAUGUUUUCCACAAAAAAAAAAAAAAUCAAACAAGGUCUGCUGAAGCAAUGACUUGGUUGCCUCUUUUGUCACAUGUUACUGUAAAGUUGAAGAAAAUCCAAAAGUGUGAGGUCUGACUUGAUAUUUGUCAUCUGGAAAGACCGACUUGUUUUGUUUGAGUAUCCUCCUUUCUGUUGUCCUGAUCUGUUGCCAUAGAAACAAACUGUCUUUUAAAUUUUGUGGUGUUUCAUCCUUUUUAUAAAUGUUUUGUAACACAGAAAGGAAGCUGUGUGUAUUAUUCAAGGGGUGGGAUGGUUUGGGGCGUGUUUUUGUUAGACCACUACAGUAUUCAUUGUCCACAGAAAUUUCCACAACUUUUGUUGUUUGUUCAACAGUGACACAGAACGUUUUCAGAGAGCAGCAUUCUGUGUGAAAUAAAGGAUUUCCUUUUACGAGGAAGUCCUUGAAAAAGAGAAUCUAGAAGAAUUCUAGUUUGUCAGAAAGCAAAGGACGGGAAAUUCUUCACUUGUCUAAGAACGAUCUAAAGUUAUUUUCUUUAUUUACUCAAAGAAGGAAAUCUGGUUAUGACUUCAAUAAAUAAGAUCCAGCAGGGGGACGACUAGGAAUCUGAACCAAAUAGGAAUCUGAACCGCAAUCAAUUGCAACAGGGUGCGCCACAAUGUUUUCAAAAUGUCUGUCAAGUUGAGAGUUGAUCAUUUCAAUGAUUGUACCAUAAUUCAUGGAACUUAUUGGUUACAAUAAUGCCUGGGUACAAAGGUUCAUGAAAUGCAAGUGAAGGAACUUAAAUGAAGGAACAAAUUAGUGAAAUGGCAAAUUGACCAAUUCCUUCCAGAACCAUCAGCUGCAGUUUUGGGGAAACACUUUUUCAGCUCAUUGGAAGGUAAUUUUGAAGAAUCUCAGCGCUGAUGCUAAAAUUAUCUGAGCACAAUGAAGGCACAUCCAUUUCAAGUCACAGUUAUACACUUAAAACAAUGCAGUUUCAUAAGUAAAGCAGCAAGAUGUUGCUAGAUUGUAUUUUUAUUACUAAUUUUGACUUGUCAAUCUUUUUUUUAAGCAACAUUUAUGAGCAUAGAACUUUUUAUUUUUGAGAAGCCCUCUUUGCUAUACCUUUCACAUUAAAGGACACCUGAAUUUUGUACAGAACCCAACAUUCCCUUCACUGUAGAAUUUUAAAACCAGAACGUUUUCUGGUUUUCGGGUUGUAUCACCCAGAUACAUUUUUCUUGCAAAAAAUGUAUCUGAGUGACUUUUCCUUUUCACAAUUAUUGGGAGAUAUUUAUGAAUAUCUCCCCUGAUAUUUGUGAGUGCUGGACUGUUAAGGCACGCAAAGUGUGAUGCAACUGGGAGUUUCUGAUAUCAGAACAGAUAUCAGAAAUAUAUUUGCAGAACAGAAAGUAUGUAAUAUUCUGUUUUUGAGCUUUCAGACUGAAGACUAAAAAGGAAGAUUUUUUUUUCUCUGCUGAAAAAACUACUUGGAAGUGGAUCCUUACUGUGGAGAUUUUAUUUUCAUCCAUUAUUGUGCCAACUGUGAACCCGUGAGGGUUACCGCCCUCAUGAAAAUGUCUGUAGUGCUUUAUGAAAGAGAAAAUGUGCUUCAUUCUUGUUAGAUUUGGUACCAGUGUGUCUGUGUGUGCAUCUGUACUGGUUCUUUUCUGGUUGGACAAUAAAAUCUCAUCUGUAUGUUUAACAUAAAA